AUGUUAGGAGAUCAAAAUGCAUUGAUUGAUUUUGGAUGUGAUGCUUCACAAAGCCAUGACAAUGAUAAAAGAACCAGUGCCUUGAACCCCACCGCAAAGCUACAACGACUUGUCUGUGGGAUGGGCAUAGACACUUUGCUGGAAGCUCGGCCGAUUCACCACUUCACUGGUCUUCAAAUUGAAGAAUGUUGUACGAACUGGAGGGAAUCGAUCUUUGUGUCUCAGAUUGAGACCGUGGAAGAAGGUGGUGUGAAGGAUUGUGAAGCGAAGAGGCCAAUGCUCUCGAGUGCGAAUAGGCAAAAGAUGGGCAAUUGCACAACAGCCUCCACCUCUACGAUUUAUCAAGUAUGUUUGGAGACUAAGUCAAAACCAAUCCGCCUUCUACCACAAUUCAGCACUAUAUUUAUGGUGGAAGUCUUAACAUCUUAUGCAAUGCGAUGUUCAAGACGUGCUCGAUUGCAAAUAGAGAUUUGA